CUGCCUGAUCUUCGACGCGUUGCAUCUGUUUUGGAGUCGCGUGUGCUUUCACUUUGACCGCGAAAAUAUCUAGCCUAAUAAAUACAUAUACCCACUAUAUACAUACAUAAAUCUCCUGCAUUUCAACCACUUUUGAGUGCAAUAAACUGCGAGUGAUGGUGGAAACGGCGACGACAACCACCAUAACGCGAACCACUUCGGCGGUGCCGGCGGGUGCGGUAACGGUAACUGGACCCACUGGCUCCGCGGCCACGCCCACUGCCGCUCAGGUGGCCGCGCAGGCGCAUCGCAAUGAUGAGACCACACGAGCCAUCUUCAACUUGAAAGUCAUCGUCUUUCUGCUCUUCCUGCCCCUGGUCUUGCUGGCCGUCUUCCUAAAGCAUCUGCUGGAUUACCUAUUUGCUUUGGGCCUCAAGGAGAAGGAUGUCAGUGGCAAAGUGGCCCUGGUGACCGGCGGAGGCAGCGGCCUGGGUCGCGAGAUCUGUUUGGAGCUGGCUCGUCGUGGCUGCAAGUUGGCCGUCGUGGAUGUCAACUCCAAGGGCUGUUACGAAACGGUGGAGCUGCUCUCGAAGAUCCCGAGGUGCGUGGCCAAGGCCUACAAGAACGAUGUCUCCUCGCCGCGCGAACUGCAGCUGAUGGCCGCCAAGGUGGAGAAGGAACUGGGCCCAGUGGACAUUCUGGUCAACAAUGCCUCCCUCAUGCCCAUGACCUCCACGCCCACCCUCAAGAGCGAUGAAAUCGACACGAUUCUACAGCUCAACCUGGGUUCCUACAUUAUGACCACCAAGGAGUUCCUGCCGAAGAUGAUAACCCGCAAGACUGGUCACCUGGUGGCAGUGAAUGCUCUGGCGGGUCUGGUUCCUCUGCCGGGAGCGGGUAUCUACACGGCCACCAAAUACGGAAUCGAGGGCUUCAUGGAGUCGCUGCGGGCCGAACUGAGGCUGUCCGACUGCGACUACGUACGCACCACAGUGGCCAAUGCCUAUCUGAUGCGAACCAGCGGGGAUCUGCCACUUCUCAGCGAUGCGGGCAUUGCGAAGAGCUAUCCCGGACUGCCCACGCCAUAUGUGGCGGAGAAGAUUGUCAGGGGCGUGCUGCUGAACGAGCGCAUGGUGUACGUGCCAAAAAUAUUCGCACUCAGUGUGUGGCUGCUUAGAUUGCUGCCCACCAAGUGGCAGGAUUACAUGCUGUUGCGAUUCUACCACUUCGAUGUGCGCAGCUCGCACCUGUUCUACUGGAAGUAGAGGGAGCAACGUCCCAUCCCUGAAGCAUUUACGCGAGGAGCGCUUGUUUGUUUCCCAAUUGCGGUUCUUAAUUAAACUGUUGCCUACGCUAGGAGUACACCUUUAGCUAUUUAUACGAAUAUUUAACUUAAAUUAAAUCUAUAUCCUAACAUUA